AUGAGCUCUCUCCUGCAGCACCUUGAAUUUCUCGUGGGCUCUUCCGCUGAUGGCGCCGGCGAUCGACGCGUCGUCGAUGAAUGGACCAGGCUCGAUAUUGCGACUAAUGGGUCUGAAGACGCGGAGCUGCUCGAAGAGGAUCCCGACUGGGGUGCAGACUCGGUGCUUGACGCCUUCCGCGCCCACAACGCAUCCAAUAUUCCUGGCGAUGCCCGGGCUCCUGCAGUUGGCCCAACAGUGUCCAAAGUUCUAACACUACCAAAUGGCUCGGUUCUACUUGAUGCAAUCUCGUCUGCUCUGUCUUCUCCGCGUUCAGACGAUGCAAUCUCCGAAGAGCUCUUCGACUUGAUAGGAUACGACCACAUCGAACUGGUGAUGGAGAUCCUGCAGAACCGCGCAGGCGUGGUAGAAGAGAUUCAAGCCCACCACGAGGCGCCAAUACUUCCCGUGGGCGGGCAUUCCGGAGAGACACCCCUGGGCCUAUCUGCGACAGAUGCUCGCAGGAGAAUGGAGGAAGCAUUUCGGGCCAACGCCCAGCGACCUAUGUUUCUCGCAGAAGCUCAUGCAGCACCAGAGGUGCUUCCGCAUGUGUACACAUCGCAUUCCCAAGUUCAAGGAAACAUUCUGUCUCAUACGGGCUCCAAAUACAUGCUGCCUGAAGGCACUAGACGUACGAUGAGAGAGGAGUACGAAGAAGUCAUCGUGCCACCGGCUAAAGCUGUCCCUCCCAAAAGCUAUGAACAGCCUAUCCUUAUAGAUAACCUCGAGCCGCUGGCAAAAGGCUCUUUUCCAGGCUACACCAGCCUUAACAGGAUUCAGUCCAUCGUGUUCCCUACAGCGUUUGGAUCCAAUGAGAACAUGCUCGUCUGCGCUCCUACCGGUGCGGGUAAAACCGAUGUGGCGAUGCUCACAGUAUUGCGUGUGAUUGAUCAGCACCGCAAUAAGGCGUCCUCGCAACCACUGGCAGGAACGAUAAAUCGCGACGACUUCAAGAUCAUAUAUGUCGCACCAAUGAAAGCUCUCGCCGCCGAAAUUGUUCGCAAGCUCGGGAAACGUCUCGCCUGGCUGUCCAUAAAGGUCCGCGAGCUCACGGGCGAUAUGCAACUUACGCGGGCGGAGAUCGCGGAGACGCAGAUCAUCGUCACUACACCUGAGAAGUGGGAUGUAGUCACGCGUAAGCCCACUGGAGAGGGCGAGGUUGCUGCUAAAGUCAAGUUACUCAUUAUCGAUGAGGUACACUUGCUCAACGAGGAGCGUGGAGCCGUCAUAGAGACUAUCGUCGCGAGAACUCUGCGACAAGUCGAGUCUAGCCAGUCUGUGAUUCGCAUUGUUGGCUUGAGUGCGACGUUGCCGAACUAUGUUGAUGUCGCUGAAUUCCUGAGCGUAUCAAAGCAGACCGGCCUCUUCUACUUCGACUCAUCCUUUCGUCCCGUCCCUCUGGAGCAACACUUCAUCGGCGUGAAGGGCAAGCCCAACAGCCCCACCUCUAAGAAGAACCUCGAUCGUGUCACCUUCGAGAAGGUAUCUCAACUUGUUCAAGAGGGCCAUCAAGUCAUGGUCUUCGUCCACUCUCGCAAAGAGACCGUCAAGUCUGCCCAGGCCCUUCGUGAAGCUGCCAUGGCAGACGGUUGCCUCGACGACUUCUCAUGUCAAGAUCACCAGAUGUUCGACAUGUUCAGGAGGGACAUCGGCAUGAGCAGGAACAAGGAGAUGAAACAGUUGUUCAACGAGGGAUUUGGGAUUCACCAUGCGGGCAUGCUCAGAAGCGACAGAAAUAUGAUGGAGAGGAUGUUUGAGGCCAGGGCUAUCAAGGUACUAUGUUGUACCGCUACACUUGCCUGGGGUGUCAACUUGCCCGCACAUGCAGUCAUUAUCAAGGGCACGCAAGUUUACGAUAGCUCUAAGGGUUCAUUCGUCGAUCUCUCUGUCCUGGACGUUCUGCAAGUCUUCGGUCGCGCUGGUCGACCAGGACUGGAAACUAGCGGCGAGGGUUACAUCUGUACGACAGACGACAAGUUAACGCAUUACCUCGACGCGGUGACCGCACAGAACGCUAUCGAGUCGCAGUUUACAAAGGGCAUGAUUGACGCCAUGAACGCUGAGAUUGCGCUCGGGACGGUGUCAAACGUGGACGAAGGCGUUCGAUGGCUCGGAUAUACGUACCUCUUCGUGCGCAUGCGCAAGAAUCCCUUUUUCUACGGCAUGUCGCGCGAUGUUGUUGUGGACGACCCAACUCUCGGCAGUAAACGCUCGCAGCUUGUCAUCGAAGCCGCACGCCGUCUCAGCCAAGCGCGCAUGAUCAAUUUCGAGCAGGAGUCGGGCAGCUUCACGAUCACCGACCUUGGACGACUCGCCGCCAAGUACUACAUCCGGCAUGCGUCGAUCGAGAUCUUCAACGAUAAGUUCAGACCGAAAAUGACUGAAGCGGACGCGCUCGCUAUGGUCAGCCUCAGCACCGAAUUCGACCAAAUACAGGUGCGGGAGAGUGAAGCGAAAGAGAUGAAGACUCUCCUUGAGCAAUGCCCUUGUACCGUCGCCGGCGCGAGUGUGGAAGCUAAGGUCACCAAGACGGAAGGCAAGGCCUCGAAAGGGGCCAACGUCGCAGAAGAAGAGGGCGUAGUUGCCAACAAGGAGGGCAAAGUCAACAUCCUCCUCCAGGCCUAUAUAUCUCAGAUAUACAUCGAAGACUUCGCUCUCGUCUCGGACUGUGCGUAUGUCGCACAGAAUGGCGGGCGCAUCGUACGCGCAUUACUCGAGAUGGCCAUUGCUCGCAAGUGGGCCGGAGCUGCGGGCACGCUCAUGGGAUUGAGUAAAGCCAUUGAGAAGCGCUUAUGGCCGUUUGAUCAGCCGUUGAAGCAGUUCCCGCUGAAAGCGGACAUCUUCUAUGGUCUCGAGCGUUGGGCCGACGACUACGCUGUGGCAGAACUCGCUGAUAUGUCCGCGGAGGAAGUUGGGGAGCUCGUGCAUCUCAACAAGCAUCACGGACAAGCCAUUCUCACGGCAGCAAAGCAGUUCCCGACCGCGCAGCUAUCGUACAAGCUGCGCCCGCUCGGCGCAGAUGUGCUCAAGAUCGAAGUGCGCGUGAAGAAGGCGUUUAGCUGGAGUGCAAAGCUGCAUGGAUCUGGAGAGCCGUUCUGGCUGUGGGUCGAAGACGAAGAGGGCAGCGCGAUCCUACAACUAGCGCAUCUAAUCUUCCGCCCAGAGACGGAGAACAUCGACGUUUCCUUCGUCAUUGCCAUUCCCGCCGGUAGAACACCGUCGUCUGUCACAGUUCGCUUCGUCUCGGAUAGAUGGAUGGGCGCCGAAGACGAACUUCCAGUGCCGCUAGAUGGGUUGGUUAUGCCGAGCCGCUCAACAAGCCAUACGCCCCGGUUGGACCUCCCGUUCUUGAACGUUAACGCGCUUCGUCAUCCAUUCUUGCAGGAGGUCCUGUCUGCGCGCCUUUUCGGCUUAGGCGCAAUCCAAACGCAGGUGUUCUGGAGCUUGGUGCAUACCAAGUCGCAUUCUCUUGUCGCUGCACCGGUAGGCGCCGGUAAGACAACCGUGGCCCAACUUGUCGUCUGGAAGACCAUGGUCGAUCUUCCGAACGAUGGCUAUGCUCUCGUACUGGCGCCCAAACGCAGCAUCACGAAUGAAAUGCUUACAGCGAUGGAGACGCUCUCAGCACCGCUUGGGAUUGACGUAGGCUUCUUCUCGGCGACAAACUUGCUGUCUCGACCACGGGGGAAGGCAGUCAGGCUGACAACUCCAGCCCAUGUAGUUGCCGCAUUGAGUCGACAUCGACCAACAGAGCCUUUACCUGGCUUGGCCCUGGUUGUGUGCGACAACCUCGAGCAGUUGGACCCAUUAUACGAGCUCGGGGUGUCGCUGUUGCGACAUUCGACGCAAACGCAACCCACACGCUUCAUAGGCUUCUCAAACUCUUUGAACGAUUCUGCAGACGUGGCGGCUUGGCUCGAUGUCGACCCGCUUGCCUUGCACAGCUUCAGACCUAGCGAUCGCGACCAAUCACUGUCCAUAUCAACACGCACGUUCACCAUCCCCCAGUCCGCAGCGCUUUAUAAGUCUAUGGCUCGCCCGGCACACGGCGCCAUCGCCGCAGCUGCCAAUGCACCUGCGAUUGUCUUUGUACCCUCGCGUGCCCAGUGUCGGUUCAUCGCGCUGGACCUCAUCACUUACUGCACGCUCGAAUCGCAGUCGGAGAACGGCUACCUCCCCUCGCAUCUUUCUGCUGGAGACCUCGAACCACAGCUCGUACGCUUGCAGGACCGGACGCUGGCAGACUUCAUUCUCAAAGGCGUCGGCUUCUAUCAUGAAGGCAUUGCGCGUCCUGACCGGACUCUCAUGCUUGACCUAUAUAACGCGGGCGUCAUCCGCGUGCUACUAUCGCCACGUGAUGCUGCCUGGACACUACCGGUGCGGGCGGGCACAGUGGUCGUGAUGGGUACGCAGUACAUCCACCUUGAAGGCGAAGUGCGUUCGGUACGGGAUUAUGAGCUAGCAGACCUCGUGCGAAUGCAAGGUCGCGCAGUGCGCCACGGCGAACCAGGUCACUUCCAUCUGUUCUGCCAGGUCGAGGAUCGUGAUACGUACUUGCGAUUCCUCGAGGAGGGGUUGCCGCUCGAAAGUCGAUUGCAAGGAUCGACCGAACUUGCGAGGUGGUACGCGCUGCAGCGACAGAGCGGAGCCAUCACAAGCAGGAUGCAGGGCGUACAGGCUUUAACAUUUACGUUUCUUGCGAGGAGAAUCGUGCGCAAUCCGGCAUACUAUGAUGCCCCUACAAAGCGCGAUGACGCGCUAUCGCGCAUAGUCGACGAGCUUGAGGACGCGACGGCCGCUCAGCGAUCAACCUCAGACAAAGCUCAGCAGUCAGAGAGCGGCGCAUCGAAGGCUGGCGAGCCACCAUCGUAG